GGUUGGGAUCAGAUGGCGCUGGGGAGGAUGCCGGCUGCUGUGAGUUUAUCAGUUGGUUGGUUGGUUGAUUGGAUGGAUGGGCGGUGCCUGUCUUCUUGAGGAGCGACUUGGCUGCGGACGAGGAACUCAAGGAUUUGUACAUCAUGCUCGAUAGAGUGGAUGUACAUUGUAUCUGGGUAUCCCAAGCGGUCCUGAACCUCCUUCCGGAGCCCAUCCCUGAUGUCCCCGGCGGCGAGGUCGUCAGAGACCCUGGGAUGGGCGUGUUCUGCGACAAUGCCAUGGACAUGGUGAUGGCGCUAUGGCCCAAGCCGGACAGUAAAAAGAAACAGCGGUUUGUGAAGAGCGCCAUGGGGAAGUUGAACGAAGUAGGAAUUGUAGGAAUUCACGAUGCUGGAGUCACUCCUGAAAAUCUAGACCUGUACAAGACUCUAGCGGGAACGGAAGACUGGACGGUGCGAGUCUAUGCUAUGGUUGAAUGUUACGAGCGGAACACGUUCUGUCCAUCCGAGGUUGAACGAUACACAAGCCCAGACGGUUCUUUGAUGAUAAAGAGUGUGAAGCUCUUUGCUGAUGGUGCUCUAGGAAGCUGGGGUAGCGCUUUGCUUGACCCCUAUACGGAUCGCCCAGAAACAUCCGGAUCGUUACUCGUCAACGCAUCCGAAUUAGUGUAUGAUACAGUUGCAUGGGCCAAGCAAGGCUUCCAGGUAAAUAUACAUGCAAUUGGUGACCUGGCGAACCGUUAUGCCGUGGAUGCCAUUGUUUCCGCUCUCAGACUACUCUGCCCCAACGAGCCCCUUUCAGUCUGCCAGUCUUAUCACCGCUUCCGCAUCGAACACGCGCAAAUAAUACAUCCAGACGAUCAGGCUCGUAUCCACGCCGUCGGAAUCAUUCCUUCUAUCCAGCCAACCCAUGCCACCAGCGACAUGGCGUAUGCGGAGAAGAGACUCGGAAAAGAACGUACCGCAAAAGAAGCAUACAGAAUGCGCUCUUUGUUAGAUGUCCGCCCGGUCCUAGGAAGCGACUUCCCCGUGGAGCCACCUAACCCAUUCCAAGGCAUGUACGCCGCCAUCACCAGACGAAGCCCGCAUACCGGCAAAGGCACCGACGACGCCCCCGAGGGCUGGCACACGGACGAAGCUCUCACAUUGGACCAGGCCAUCCGCGGCUUCACCGAGGGGCCUGCGUACGGAGGGUUCACGAAGGGGAAGACGGGCGUUAUCAAACCGGGGGCGUACGCCGAUUGGGUGGUCUUGGAUGCGCCGCUAGGGGGGGCCUUGGAUGUGGAGGACUUGCGGUCUUUGAGGGUACGGGAGACGUGGGUGGCGGGAAAGAAAGUUUAUUCACGGUAUUCGUGAGGAUAAUGAUUAUAAAUGGAUGUUGGGGUUUGGUGUUUCUGUACCUAGGUAGAGGAACUCGUGUGUUUGGGUAUGGGAUAAAGAGUACGCAAAGCACAUAUAUACCUAUCUAGGAGAAUGGAGAGCGUGUGUUAUUGUUAGAGAGAAGGGUGCCAAUGACGAAGCGAUGUUGAUUAAAAAGGAAAAAAUAGAAGAAUAAAAAGAAGACUUUGGAAUCC